UACACUGCGGCUAAUGAAACGGACGACUGAUGUUGAACAACUAGCAGCAUUUCCGAUCGACGAGGAGAUAGGUACCUUCAAGUUUGGGCGCGACCCGGCGUGCAAUGUUCAUCUCUAUUACCCCGAGAUCAGUGCUAGAUUGUGUUUCUGGAAAGACAGGUGCAUGGUUUAUUUGCCUAUAACACCUGCAUAAACUGACACAUUGAGAAAUAAACCAUUUGCGUUGGCAGGCUUUCAAUCCUCGUCUUUGGCGAAGCAGGCCUCACCAUCGACGGCUGUUAAUGAAGUAAAGACCAGAUUCCGGAGGGCACGAGUGAGUAAGAAUGGGAAGAUGUGCUGACGACUUCAAAUAAC